GACGUGGCCUUCAGGCCCGGGCAUCCAGACUGCUGGCAGGAGGAGGGCUUCACCUUCAACCGCUGCUGCUUCGCUGUGGAGAACCAAUCCUUGCGCGCUCGGCGCAAGGUCAGGCGGCGUGGAGAGCCCAGCUGCUGGCAGAAUGGCGGCCGGACCUUUGACAGAUGCUGCGGCUCGCAGGCGCUGGUUGCGCAGGCCAGCCCCCCGCCUUCGCAGUAUGGCUUCCGGGCGGUGGUGGCUGUGACCACGAUGCCGCAGAGGGUCCACGACCUGAAGGAGGUGCUGAAGUCCUUGGUCCGUCAGUCGAGGAAGCCCGAUGCAGUGUACCUCUCGGUGCCUUACUUCUUCGCGCGCAGCUGGUCCUCGUACAAUCAUCCCUGGUGGUACGAGUUUCUGGAUCCCAUCGUGCACGUGCUGCGCUGCGAGCAAGACUUCCGCAGUAACACGGGCUUGCUUUGCAUCCUGCAGUACGAGCUGGACCCAGACACCCGUAUUCUCAUGGUGGAUGACGAUCAGAUCUACCAUCCACUGCUGCUCCAACAGCUGCUGUCCAUCAGCGCCGAUAUACCAGGAUCCAUGAUUGGGGCGGGCAGCUACCACCGGCCCGGCAUCGCCUGCUUCAAGCACAACAGCCGUGGCAUGUGCGCCGUUCCGAACCUGAUCCAUACGACCUAUGGCAUCCUGUACCAACGUCGUUUUUUCGAUCAUGGGAUUUUCAACUUCGCAGCGGCCGUGCGUGCGCUGCAACGUGCGCUGCCAUCCAAAGGCCCUUCUGCCGACUACGUCCUCGCAUCGUGCAUGAUCGAGGACAAUGUCUGGUGGGAGUCACAUUUGGCUCGCAAAGGCAUCCCACGAGUGUUCCUGGAGACGCAGCUGGGUGCGAAGACCGUGGCGGACCUGGCCUUCGGGGCUGGAGCGCUCACAAGCUCCGAGGACAAGACUGGAUUCCACUACUACCACUUCGACCGCCAGGAUCCGCACAGCACCGCGGCGGCCCUGGACACGUGCACCGAUGCCCUGGCGGCCCUUUGGGGUCCCUCGCUCUGGCCAGCAAGGAGGGUUCGGGCGGCACUGGUCGGCAAUGCGGUGUUGGAGGAGCUCAGCCGCCAUGUCGCGCUUGUGAGUUGGUGGGAGGCGGACCACUACUACCUCUUCGCCUGCACCGGCCGAGCCUUUCAGCACUGGCGCCGAGACCUGCGCCGCCACGGCGGGCUCGAGGUGCAGUUGCACUACCUGCACGCGCUGUCGCCUCAGAUGGUCGACCUCGAUGCGGAGCGCUCCGCAAAUUUUUCGUCCGAGCCCUUCGACCACGAGGCCUUCCUCCCAGCUCCUUUGAGCUUCAAGGCUUCUGCAAACGAACUUCCUCACAAUGCCAUCCUCCACGCGCCUCCGCAUGCUCCGGGUCGGCCCGCUGCGGGCAGCAGGCGCCCGCUGGUUGAUGUCGUGGAGUUCUGUGCGGCGUCUGCGGCGGCGCCGGCGAAGAGAGCACCGGAGCUUCCGCCCUGCGGGAACUUCCAGGCGUGGAUCCUGAAGGCGACCUGCUGGGGAGGAGGCGACCCGCGCGAGCGAACGGAGCUGAUCGGGGCAGACGGCUAUGCCGGCGUGGCAUGCUGGAGCCCUGCACACAACUUCUGCUUCUCUGCAUUGCUGCCGAGGAACCGCACCUGGCAGUUGCGCGGCCAGACCAUCGGCAACUGCUUCUCGAGCUCGGCGACCUUCUACCAUGCAAGGCACAUCUGUCAAGCGCUCAACGCCACGCUGCCGACGUCCCAGCAGAUCGUUGGCUGCUGCUCCAUCGGCUGCUACGGUCUGUCUCGCGUUUGGCUGAACUCCGAGGUGCCGGAGUGCUACCAGGAAUAUGACUCUCCUCCGCCAGUGCUGCCGUUUGCGCCGGAGGAGGAGCCCAUCGGCGUCCCGACGAAGGUGCCCGACCGGCGAGCUCAAGAGGAGCUCGCCCGGGCUUUCCUUCGGAAGCACGAGGAAGCGCAAAGCACCGAGAUCGACUGGGAUCCCCCUCUGCAGGUGCCGGAAGACAAUGGAAAAAGACCAGCAGUUUGCGGGAGCGUUUGCUCGAUGCGGCGGUUUAGGGCCGUAGUGAUUUGUGCUUUUGGGUUUGUGGAUUUAGUUCGUGGAGCUUUCCCGCUUGGUGUUUUAGGCUUUCGGGGUUAG